AUUCACACUUCACACACUCCUUAUACUUAUAUAUAAAUCACACACUUGUGUAUCUCUUUCUUCCUAUUAUUCUCUACUCUUACCUUACCUUAUACCUUUCAUAUUCAUAUUGUUAAAUCAAAUUCAAAACCCUAUAUUUCUUUUUUCUUAAGAUGUUGUCUAAAAUGGACAUGGAAGGAAUAAUAGGAAGUGAAGAACAUGGUAAUGAUGCCGGGCAUCUCAUCAAAGGAAAGCGAACGAAACGGUUAAGGCAAUUGUCUCCUGUCACCGUGGCAACUGCUACGAUGACAUCAAGCUGCUCAAGUGCCACUGGAGGUGGUGGAUCGUUUUCAUCCACCACCUUCGAUGACACUGAGCAUGAAGAGGAAGCAGACAUGGCUAAUUGUUUGAUUCUUCUGGCUCAAGGAAGAACCGGAAGAGAUGAGGAGAAUCAAAAUCUUCGUCCUCAGAACCACCACCUCCACAACAACAGCCAACAAGUGGAUGGUUACAACAAAACAACAACUGAAAAGGAGACAAAAAAUGGUUUUGAUAGUUAUGAAUGCAAAACUUGUAACCGUUUUUUCCAUUCAUUUCAAGCGUUGGGUGGACAUAGAGCAAGUCACAAGAAACCAAAGAUGAAAGAAGACAAACAAUCCUCACCUCCGCGGCCGCGACAAUUAAUCACCGCCACUGGUGAAUUUGAACAAGAAAAUAAGCAAAUUCAUCCCAAGAAUAUUAACCCUCUUGUUCCUCCAGUUUCUCUUGAAUUAAGGUGUGGUGUUAAUAUCAACUUCAAACCUAAUAAGGUUCAUGGGUGUUCAAUAUGUGGAGCUGAAUUCACAUCAGGUCAAGCAUUGGGUGGUCACAUGAGGAGACACAGAGCUUGUAUUAAUAACAACAACAAUAACAACAAAAACAACAACGUUGGUGUUGUUACAGGUUUUGAAGAUGUUCAUGUUAGGUCUAGGAAUGUUCUUGAAUUAGACCUUAACCUUCCGGCACCGGAGGAAGAUCUCCGCGAUUCGACGUUUCAGUUUCCGGCGUUGGUGGGUUGCCAUUAUUAGGCCAGCGUGGGAUGAAGGGGAGGGGUUUAUAUUUUUAUUUAAUUUGAUCAAUAAUGAUCAUUGUGAAUUAUUAUUCUUAGCUUCAUUUUAAUUUACAAUUAUUCCAAAUUAUUAUUAAUUCAAAGGAUUAUAUUUUCAGGGUUUAUGAAUAAA